ACGAGCUUCUUGCUUUUGCGAAUAUACACCAAAGUGUGCUUAUUGAAGAGGUUCUGGUGGGACGACGUAUGUAUAGUUCUCGCCUGGAUGUUCUCAGUUGGCACUCAAGCAGUUAUCCUAUAUGGCUAUGCAGGUGCCGGGUAUGGCAUUCAUAUAUGGAAUCUAUCGACGGAAACCUUGAGCAUCUUUCAAAGGAGCCUUUUGGCAGCAGGAGUCAUCUAUAUUCCCGCCCUCGGAUUCGCCAAACUGGCUCUUCUUAUGCUUUACUAUAGACUGCUUCAGACAACACCCUGUUGGAGAUACACCAUCUAUCUUGUUACAUUCAUCAUAUCUGGAUAUAGUGUUGCACUUAUGCUGGCGCUUAUCUUUGCCUGCCGUCCUAUAUCGAAAGCAUGGGAUGCUUCAAUCACGACAGGAUCAUGCAUUGACCGACCAGCUGUCUAUCUUGCAACUGCGAUAACUAACACAGUGAGUGAUGUUGUACUAAUACUUAUUGCGAUCCCGAUUGCAUGGAAUUUAAGAUUGCCAUUUGUCCAGAAACUGGGGGUCGUCCGUAUGUUUGGUCUUGGUUGCUUAACAAUCAUCACGAGUAUCAUUCGGCUGACAACUUUAAUGCCUCUGGUCACAUCGACAGACCCAACCUACAAGCUCGGCCAAGCCGGUCUGUUCAUAAAUAUAGAAGCAAACUUCAUCAUUCUCUGUGGCUCUCUUCCUUAUGUCCGCCACUUCAUGCGCCACUUUGCUCCUAAAUGCAUUGGGGAGGGCAGCAGAAGUCGUCAGAAAAGCUCCUCGCAAGGGGAGGGUUCGGACAACAUACGGAAGAUUGGUCUUACACGGAUGCAGGAUGAUAUUGAGAUAGCAAUGAAUGGCACAGGUGAGAUGCACAAUGCAAAUGGUCAUCAUAACGGGAGUGAAGAUAUAUUCGUCGACCAUCGCGAAUAG